AUGAAUAAAAGAUUAGCAAGAAAGUUUUCUAACAUAGAAGACAUCAAUUUUAUUGAGGAAGAAAUUCCUGAAGAAAACAUUUAAAAAAAGUUGUUUAAAUCUUAAAAUGUAUAAUCGAGUACUAUAUUACCUUAAUCAACAAAUCUUGAUUCAAAAGAUGAAAUAGAAAUAAAUAUUAAAGGCUAAUUAAACACAAAAAAAUUUUAAUCAGUAUAAAAAGCAAUAAUGUUGAACAUAGAAAAUCAAAAUAUUUCAAAUAAUGUAUAAGAUUUAAUGAAAAAAUUUAAUCCUCCAUAUUGUGCAAAUUGCAAAAAAAGAAGAGCUGAUAGAGUAUGUAUAAAUAAUAAUUGCGGUUUUAGAAAGCUCAUGUAAUUGAUAUGCAGUAAAUGCCAUACCAAAGAACAUUAAAAUAGCUAAGAAAAAUCAGAAAUUGAUGUAGAAGAGUUUUUUAUCAAAUUAGCUAAAUUUAUAAAUUAAGAAGCUAAUAAUAAUAAAAAGAAUGAAUAAAAAACAGGUAUUGAUAGCUUAAAAUUAGCUUUGGUAGAUAUUUAAAAUUCUAAGUAGAAACUAAACUUAUUAAAAUAGAAAAUUUAGAAUGAAAUAGAUUCUAAUGCUUCUCGUUAAGAUUUAUAAACAGAACUAUAAAAUGCAAUUGUAAAUUCAUUGAGUUUAUGUGAUAGUGAAAAUAUUUAAUAACAAUUAAAUAAAGUCAAGUAAAAUUUAAUUUUUAGAAGUAAUAAGUUCAUAUGGAAUAAUGGAAUAGAAAAAUACAAAUAUUUUUCUUAGAAAAUUUAAGAUUUAGAAGAUUUAAACAUGUAAGCAAAUAAAAAUAUAGCAAAAUCAUUACUAGACUAUCCUCUAUUAAAAGAUAAGAAAUAUAUUAUGAGAUUUAGGUUUGAAUAAAACCAGCCAUUCUAAUUAUGCGUUGGACUAAUGGAAAAAAAAAAUGUUGAAAGUUAUUUUUUAAGUUCAAAUAAUCACUAAAAAAAUUUUAUGAACUUUUAUUAUGAAGAAGAUGAAGAUCAAAGUGAAUAUGAAGAUAGUGAUAGUAAUGAUAUGGAGGAGGAGGAAGAAGAAGAAUAUGAUCAAUGGUAAUAAGGAAAUCCUUAAAUUUAUUAUAAACCUAGUAAAUAUACUGAGGAUGAUAAACUAAAUAAAUAUUGUCAAAAAGGAAUGGAAAUAGAAAUGAGAAUUGACUUAGAAAAUAAUUUUAUAGAUUUUUAUGAUUAUCCUCAAAAAAGUAUUUAAGAAUCAAGUUAUCUAUAGGAAAUAAAAUGA